GAGUAAGAAGAAUUUACUGAUCAAGUUUGAAAAAUCACUGUAGUGAAAUUGAACAAAGUCCAAAUUCAGUUAUUUAUUAGCCUAGCAAUGUAAGUAAAUCAUAUGUGGAACUUUUAUCCUCUAGAUGUUUGUGGGAUGCAAAAUAUGAUCAAGUUAACCUUCUGCUCUGUAAAUUUUACCUUCUCAAGCUUCUCCCUGUACUCCAUCAAUACAAGCAGUUUUCAACUUGUGCAGUCUCUAAGGUGCAGUUUUAAGUUCAAUCUACUUUCCAGUACUGAUGGGCACACAAUCAACCUCACUGCAAUUAUUGCUGGGAAUCUCCAUGGUUUGCAAGACCUCUUGGCAGACCCUCAAACAUUUAGCUUGAGGGAUGCAGUUUGAGGUAGCAUUUAGCUUGAGAUAGAUAAUGACUGCAAUAGUGAUAACAUGGACUGCCAAAAUGAGAGGUUGUAGAGAAGGUAGCAUUUGAAAGAAAAGCUUUCACCAUUCAACAGAAAUGCAGGAAGAAAGCCAACUAUCACCACUGUGAUCAUGAACUCUUCAUCAUUUGGAAAACAGCUGUUAACCAAUGUUUUCCUAACCAAAAUACCAAUUGUUAAGUUGCUUGACAUGACCAAUGCUUUCAUGUAGAGGCUGAAAUAUCCGGCUGUGGCUGUUUCCUCCCAACACCUGGCCAUGAUCUACAAUAGAUUCAGACUGAGUUUCCGCAGUUCGGCCUCAACCACACUCCUUAUUGCUAGAUGUUAGCAGAUGAUAGAGUUGCAGGGAAUGGAGGAUCCACGUUCUGGGCUGCAGCCUUUGGCAGAAUGCAGGAUGAACGGCCAGCAAGUGUGUGUGGUUUUGCACUCAUCCAAUGCAAAGCUCCUUCUGAACAUGAGAAGCACAUGGAAAAAAGCAAAUUGGGAUUUGACCAAACAGGAAGGAAUGGACUUAUUUUGUAGGCAACAGGGGCUGACUUUGCAUAGCAAGGUGAUUUUGCAUUCCAAGAUAUCCUCUCAGACAGCUACAGCGUCUUUUGUAGUCGUUGACAGAGGAGUAUUUGCAACAAGCACUUGAGACAGAACUCUGAAGUAUGCCCAUUCUGGGAGCUUGCCCAGCCGCAUCCACGUGCAUUUCCAACCAGCGGCGCUGCCCUCAAACAGGGGAAAAUAUUCCGCGGGGCAGGGCACGCUGUGAGGGAGAGGGACAAAAGGCCGCGUUCCACAUCCAUCUCUCUGUCCGGAGCUGCGAGAGGAAGGGAACGACCCCGGGACGGCCGAGUCGCCCCUGCCCACCUCCAGCCCUGCCCUCCUCGCAGCCUCCCAUCGCCCCAGCCCACCUCUGAGGGCGGGACGUGGGGCGGCGGCGGCUAUAAAAAGCUUCUGGGGAGAAAGAGGCGGGAGCGCAGUGUGGCUGGAACCGCGGGGGCUGAGGGGUGGGACGGACAGCGGCAGCAUGGCUCAGUCCGUGUGGGGCUACGACAGCGAGAACGGACCUGAGCACUGGCAUGAGAACUACCCCAUGGCCAAAGGAGACAAGCAGUCGCCCAUCGAGAUCAACAGCAAAGAUGUGCGGCACGACUCUUCUCUUGCUUCUUGGUAUGCCAGUUACGAUCCCGGGGCGGCUAAAACCAUCCUGAACAACGGGCGGACCUGCAGGGUUGUCUUUGAUGACAGUUUUGAUAGAUCAGUGCUGAGAGGUGGGCCGCUCACAGGAGCCUACAGGCUGCGACAGCUGCACUUGCACUGGGGUUCUACUGAUGACCAUGGUUCUGAGCAUGUUAUAGAUGGGGUGAAAUAUGCAGCAGAGUUACAUCUGGUACACUGGAAUCCAAAACAUGGUAAUUUUGCUGGCGCUUUGAAACAACCUGAUGGUGUGGCUGUUGUGGGCGUUUUUCUGAAAGUUGGAAAAACUCCCAAACCGGAAAUGAAGAGAAUUCUUGAAGAAAUUGACAAGAUAAAGACCAAGGGGAAAGAGGCUCCUUUUCAGCACUUUGAUCCGUCAAUUCUUUUCCCUAAAUCUCGGGAUUACUGGACGUACCAUGGUUCAUUUACAACACCCCCCUGUGAGGAGUGCAUCACCUGGAUUCUCUUGAGGGAGCCCAUUGAAGUCAGCCCAGACCAGAUGGCGAGGCUCCGUAGCCUUUCCAAGAAUGGUGAGAACGAGCCCAUGUGCCCACUGGUUGAUAACUGGCGCCCACUUCAGCCUGUGAAGGGCAGGAUAGUGAGAGCCUCAUUCAAAUAAAGCUCUGUGGAACCUGAGUGAGAAAAUCCCUGCAUCUUAAAGCAUAGUUAGUUUUUGUCCUCUGCUGGAUAAAGAUCUGUGUUUCUCAGCUUAAAAUUCUGAGUGGUAAAACUGAAUCUGUCUCUUAAAUCAGAAAAAAUACUCAAUGCAAAUGCAAUUACUAACCUUGUGGAGGAAAUGUGAGAUACACGUAUUCCUUGACCACAAGUGAUUUAGCAUUUGUGAUAGUGUCACUUCUCUGCCAUGUGAUCUUGGAAAAAAUGGGCUCAGUAUCAAUAUUUAAAAUGGAUUUCAGAGGGAAUGUCACGGAGGCAGAAAAACGAACCAGUACUUCAGGAAAGCAGAAGUAGCAGCUGGAUCAAACAGUACAUGAACAGGUUUUAAAAUGCACACUCCCUAAAAUAUCCUUGUAGCGAUCUUCCUCUAUAGAUCUCUGUAAGAUAUCUCAUCUCCAGUGUGAACAUUCAAAGAAUAAAUUCCUCUUUAAUAUACCACAUUUUUUCCUUCCCUCUCUUGUUCACAGUUUGUUAUCCAGGAUUAGUAUUUUCAGAAUGCAAGUAGGCAUAUUCAGCUUUUGCAUAUGAAGAAGAAAAAAGAUAUCUUGCUGUCAUUAUAGCAUUUGCUGUCUUCGCUAUGUCCUGCUGCUGCCCAUUGAUCUUUCCUUGUUUUACCAUUACUGUUAAUUCACCCAUCCAACCACAGCACUGCUGUUGUCAUGCUGCUAGGAUAGCAACUUUAGGUUUGCUGAGAGAGAAGAGCCUUACUGCUGUUGUUCUGCUAGUACAUGCCCAGACAAUGCAUUUUUACCUUUGAUGCUCUGCCUGUUUUUUUGGGGUUUUUUUGCCAUCUUAGUUUACAUAUUAAUGAUUUCGCCUUUUAGGGGCUUUAUUGCAAAUGGAGAGUCUUUGCUGAUGACUCGUGUCAUUUGUCUUCCCUACUACUGACAAAUCACUUAAGUGUUUGUUUACUGUACCUUUGCAUGGUUGGAGAUGAUGUGGAAUCUGUUUAGAUUUCUCAUUUUCUAGGGAGACAGUUCAGAUGGCACGUAUGAAGCAUCUGGAUUCUCUGUCUUCCUCUAACUCAUCAACAGGCAGCAGAGAGUUCUUCUGGAGAUACUGCAACAAACAUGUUCACAGCAAUUUCAAUAAGUGAUUUGUCUAUGUUUAAAAUAAAGCAGGGAUACAAUUGCUAAAAUGAGAAUUUCCCAGUUAUCCUUCACUAUUUCACUUUUCACCUUUGCUAGAAAAAAAAAGGUUCUCCAAUAGCGAAGCAACAAGUAGGCAACAUUGGCCAAAUUCAGUUAUUACCAGCACAAUUCAAUGAGAAUUCAGGAAUGAAACUGAAUGUGGAGCUUGAUCCUUUGUAUUUAGAAAUUUUCAAGGAAUUGCUGAAUUUCCAUUGAGAAUUAAUAUUUCCAUUUAUUAGAAUCUUAUUUGCUUAGUAUAAAAACCAAGCUAGCAGAACUAACAUAUUGGUUGAAUCCUGUUUACAAAUGUUCUGGCAUUUGUCAGGUCAGUUUUUGAUUUUAGGUGUGCAACACUUGGAACAGCAUUAAUUUUAAGAAACUCUUAGGUCUUUGAACUGUACAUCUCAACGCAAAAAUGUUUCUACAGAAAGCUUAUAAGCAACUUUUUGUUUUCUACUGCAGUAUGUCUUACAUGUAAAAUUUUUUUCACAUAUUCAUAUGCAGUUGAUCUUAGUGUUCAGAAAAUUUCUACACAAAUAACUGAGACAAGAAUUUGAGCCUUUCUACCUUAAAACCUGUUGACUGUGAUGUUUUGAUUUCUUGUUAUUGGAGCAAUAAAGCAGGAUUAGUUGUCCACACUCCAAAUAACAGCUUUUGUGUCUUCAGAGAACCAAUAAAUUGACUUA